CUCGUUGUACUUUGUUUCCCAUUCAUUUGAUUUACCAACGAGUUCGCUAGUCCUGAAACCAGAAGGAAAAUUAUACACUCUUUACAAAUAUUUACUUUUACAGUCAUCUACAACAGUCUGCUGUCUCUCGGUUAUUGUUUUUUUGUGAGCUCAAUCUUAGGGCGGAGCCCCAGCCAGGUGGAAGAGCCAGGUGAGAGUCAGCCGUCGCUCCGUGUAGACACAGGUGGGUGGGGAAAGCCAACGCGUUUGACAGCUGUACAUCCAAAAUGUCUCCGAUAAAGGACUUAAAUCUGGUUUAUGAAGCUCUCAACAAAGAGGACACUUUUUCUCAAGGAGAUACUAUCGCAGGCACAAUCACUUUCAGUUUGACAAAAGAAACCAAAGUGAAGGCUCUGACCGUGAAAGCCAAAGGGGACGCGCGCGUGCACUGGACUCAUGGCACCGGAGAUAACCGCAAAUCGUACAAUGCGCACAGGAGAUACCUGAAACUCAAAGAGCACGUAGUUGCAGAGAAUGAGAAAGGCACUGUACUUCCCAAAGGAGACCAUCAGUUUAAGUUCAGGUUUACAAUUCCACAGGGGGACAUGCCGCCAUCCUUCAAGGGGCUUCAUGGAAAGAUUGUCUACAUGCUGGAAGCAAAGGUGUCCAGAAGCUGGCGGAUGCCUUCUACAGUACAAAAAGAGCUCAAAUUUGUUUCAAAGUCCCUUUCCCACCUUAGCCAAGUAAUGUGUCCACAGUCUGGUUCAGUGGAUAAAAAGAUGAGCACUUUCUCUGAAGGACAGGUCCAAAUGUCUGCUACCAUAAACACAAACGUUUGCUCUCCAGGUGACAAUGUGGCUGUUGUUGCCAAAAUCCAUAAUUCCUCUUCCAAACAAAUGAAGCCCAAAUACAGUUUACAGCAGAAAAUAGUGUACCGUGCCAAUGCCUCCACUAAUAUCAGUGACCAAAGUCUGUGCAAAAUGGUUGGGGAGAUAAUUGCACCGAAUUCAGAGGAAUCCGUCUCCUGCCAGUUAACGGUUCCUGCCGAUGUCAUCCCAACUCUCCAUAAUUGUGAAAUCCUCACAGUUGACCAUUACUUUAAGCCCUUCAGCCUGGUGGAGCUGUGGGGCCUUACCCAGCUGGGGCUGUGGGUCCUUACCCAGCUGGGGCUGGGGGUCCUUACCCAGCUGGGAUGGCAGUAG